AUGCUUUCAGACGAAUGCCGCCAUAACCUUGCUUUCAACUCUUCGAUCGACACUGAACGACUCAUUCCUGUGCUCUCAUUGCCUGCUAGGAACGGUGUUCUUCACCCUAAAGUUCCGAUUCGAUGGGCAGAUGGCGGAAUCCCUGUCUCUUCUAUGGGAACGGUUGAAUGUGCAGUCAGCGCGGUGUUCUUCGACAAUAUGGAUCAUCGAUGGAGAGCUGCCAAUCGACGUACUCUCUUCGAUAUUGCUACUGCUCACCAACGUCCAGUGGUAAUGUUCCGAGGAUCAGAGUCAGACGUGGCCAUUCUGACGGGAUCUGUUGUCCAACUGAAGCUGUCCUGCACCGGUUUCGCCCCAGACGAACACUGUCUGUCCUUCAGAGUUGCCGGCGUAUCUGGUGCAAACCCUUACCUGCUCCCCUCGACAAGUUCAAGAGCUGAGCUGCUGUUCAUUCUUAUUUUGGCCUUCCUGCUUGCACUCUCCAUCGCAGGAUCGUUCGUUGUCUGGCACUUGUGUUGGCGGAUCAAAAAGCGGCAAUUAAUCUCUGACAUACAAAUGCAGUUCCUCUUCCAUCUGCAGCAACAGCAUGAGGCACAAAAAAUAGCAGCUCCUCAGGCAGCUCCUGCAAAUAAUGAGAUGGGGCCAUGCGAAUUCAGAACGCUCAUGGAACGAAUUCCCAAACGGCGGCUGUAUUUUAGUGCAGAGUAUCUGGAUGAUGCGAUGAUGGCCAACCCGCCACCGGUGGCCGAACAAUUCCUCACAGAUCUCCGACGGGUGAUCGAAGUGGCGAGAGAACGGAUACGAAUGCGACGAUUCGUCCCGAUGCUCAUCACGAUUCCCGAGGAUCAUGAAGAGAGUCGAUAUGCAGUGAUAUCAGAGACCAAAGCAGAAAAAACUGAGCUGAACAAUCAGCAGGAAUCACCGAAGAGCGACAAAUCGGUUGAUAGUGGACGAGAAUCGCGCUCAGACUCGGAUGACUCGAGUCGAGAUGAUGAGGAAGACCACCACAACGAAGCUGAACAACCGUGGAAGGAGCACACGGGCAAGGAACGCAUCAGCAGCGUGCGCAGCAUCGUUAACGGUUUCGAGUCACGGUCAUCGCCUCCCACGCAAUUGCAUCAGCCAUCGUCACAACCGCCUCCGCUACCUAAAACUUCCUUACCUAAACCCUCACGGAUUCCUCCACGUAUACCAGCGAAACCGCGCCUUCCUAGUUCACAAAUUCCCACACUUCUCGGGGAAGCCAGCCCACGACCCCUGCAAAAGAGCCUUGCCUUGGCUCGUACACCAUUCAUUACCGAAGACAUCUCCUCCACGGAUACCUCACGAUCAGAGGACUCGGAAAGGAUACGCGGUGUUCCCGGCCGAUCCCAUGCUGAACAAGUCGCUACCCAGACGAAAGAGAGCCAUUCCACGACCGAUUAA